CAAUUUUCCUUCCGAGUCAGGGUGGGCCCCGGGACCCACCCUGUUAUACUCUCCCUCCGCCACUGAGGUGAACCAAACCGAGGAUUGUCGACUGCUCCCUCUUCCUCCUUGAUCUGAAGCUCGCAACUGCUCACUCUUUUUUCCAUUAUUUUCUUAAUUUCUUCCAAAUUAAAACUGUUGGAUGGUAAAUUUCCCUACUUGAUGAGCGAAUGUAUUUAUUCUUCGUUUUCACGGAGUUAUUUUAUGUUCUCUAUUACGUCAUAUACUUUUAUGUAAAUAGGUAAUAUAUGAUUAGAAAGGAUAAUUGGUUGGACUUAGAGCAUAUGUCCUUUGGUUGAAUAAUUGAUUUUUACUUAAAUGCCUAUUGCAACCUGAUACUUUAGAUGUUGAAAUGGAAAGUGGAGUUGUGAGGGUUUUUAUUAUAUUCCUUAUGUUCAUGAUUGACAUUCUACUAGCUAGCUAUAAGAUGAUGAUCUAGUUAAUAAUUAGUAGGUAGCAAUGAGAUUAUAAGUAGAAGGGAACAUAAUUGGGGGUUUUAUAAAGGUUGUGAAGAAGAAAGAAAAUGACUGUGGCGGUUCCUCGGUUGUGUAUUUUGAUGUUUUUUCAAUUUCUACACGUUUGCAAUGACAUUUGUUUGUUUCAUUAGGGUGAAUUUCUCCUCAUUAAAUCCUUAACUAAAGCUUGAUUUUGACAUGAUUAUUUUCUUACCAACUACUAUUUUGAUUGGUGCAUAGAUUCAGUUCACAAAUUAGGAAUCUAUAAGAUAGAAUGAGUUGAGUUGUAUUGAAGUAUGCUCCUUUCAUUAUUUGUCUGUGUUGUUAUUAGGUAAAAAAACACUAUUUUCCUUUAGGAGAUAUGCAGCUCUCUAUAAAUUAUAAAUUGUGUUUAUAUGAAGUUUAGUUUGUUGAAAAUAUUGUUUUAAUAAAUUAGUGACAACGGAUAGUUCUGUUUGUGGUUGGUUUUGCUAGAACAUUGACAAGAUAAAUUAAUUGAGUAUCCAGAAGACUGAUGGAUGUGGAUGCUAAUAUAUUUCAUCAUUAUUCUAGAAUUGCAGGUGUAACUGAUAAUACACGAUAUUCGUGAGAUUUAGAUCGGAAUAUUCUCUAUUAUCAUAUACCAACAUAGGAGAAGGGAAAGAAAAUAAAAAGCUCUUCACUUAUUUUUUUACUAAUUGAAUUCUAUUUUCUUAUCCUAACUUCUUCAUUUUUUUACCUUAAAAUUUUUAACUUAUUUAUCACUUUUUUGAGUUCGAUACAAUAUUUUAAAUAAAUAAAGAACGGUCUACAAAGAGCUCAAUUAAUACAAUUAAAUUUUUCAUACAUAAAAAUGUAUAAAAGUAUGAAACAUUACCUAAAUAAGGUAAGUGAGAUUUACAAUUUCAUGUAUAUUAAAUCAACAAACAUAAAUUAUAAUAAUAAUUAGAAUACUAUAGCGAAUUUUAAAAUAAUCAAAUGUAAUGCACCGCCCAACGGGCGGGUAAAAAACUAGUAUCUAGUAUAGCUAUAGUGUGUAUAUGUGAUAUAUUUUUUAAGUAUGCCUACGGUGACUGCACCGUAGCUUGGAGAAAACAGUCGACCUUUUCCAUCAAGUGGUCGAACACUUUCCAAGAAAAUGGCAGACCUCUUCCACCAAGUGGUCUACCACAUCCGGAAAUAGGUCGACCUAAUGACACACUUACCUUCAAGAGGUCAACCUCUUCCACCAAGUGGUCUACCACUUGAGUCAUCCGGUCUAACACUUUCGAAAAUGGGUCGACACACUUACCUCCAAGUGGUCAACCUCUUCCACCAAGUGGUAUACCACUUGAGUCAACCGACCUACUGCUUCAGAAAUGGGUUACCUGAUGACACAAUUACCUUAAGUGCUCGACACUCUUCCACCAAGUGGUAUACCACUCGAGGCAGCCGGUCUACCGCUUCUGGCAAUGGGUCGACAUGUGACACACUUACCAUCAACUUACAACUGCUUGUUGGAGGAGGUAGACCGCUUCCGCCAAAACAGCCUACCGAUUUUGCAAAAUGGUUACAUAUCUCUUUCGGCAAAUAAUUUCCGGUUUCGGCGACCAUUCAACUAGACAACACAGUUACCUUAUACUUAAAUUAGGAAAAUAAUGGACAGUAGGAGACCAAAUAUAUAAAAUUAUUUUUGUAGUAACACAACAUAAGAAAUAAAUAUGCGUAACAUUUUUCAAAUCUACGAGAGAACAUUCACUCAAGAAACUUGUCAUCUAUAUUGUUAUUGGACUCUAAUUAUAUAUGAUGAUAUCACUAGGAAUGGUUCAUCAGGUGGAUCAAUUUUUAAAAGGGUUGGACCGCUUGACGAAAGAGGUAGACCAUUUUUUUUUAUAGUUCCUUUUAGUAGAAGUUGUUGACCGUUUCUUGAACAUAGCAACUGAAAAAUAAUACAUCUGGAUCUGGUCGACCAUUUUGUCCAAAUAAGUCGACCAUAUCAGUGAAUAGGUCAACCGUUUGUCCAAAUAAGUCGACCUCAUCAGUGAACAAAUCGACUAUUUUGUCCAAGUUACGGUAACUUACAAGUCAUCAUAGCAAAGUGCUAUUUUUUUAUGCCAACCGGAAUAAGCACUUAAUAUAUAUUUUCUGUGUUAAAUGGUGUUUUGGUGAUACAUAAUGUUUUUAAGUCAUUGUGAAGGCAGUAUAUAUGUUGUCUCUUGAUGGAGUAUUUGUGGCAUGCAUGGUGUACGUGAUAACGGGUAUAUAGGGAAAUGCGACCAAAGAAACAAAUAAAGCGAUGUAAAUUUGGACAACAAAAAAUAUGGAGCAAACAAGAAGUAUGGAAUAAUUUUUUUAGAUAGCUAGUAUAACUGUAUAAGCUCAUAUAACUUUCGAUUGCAGAUUGAAGCUCAAAUAAAAGUAUAUAAGUAUCUCCUUAUGAUCAAGAUGACUACUCAACAACUUAAGGUAAAUUUCGAUCAUCAUGAUUGUCGAGCUCACCAUGUUGGCAACUGAUUCAAGCAUCGGCAAAGCUAUGUUAUAUUAGGAGUGUUAUAGGUAAACCUUAAUAUUUGGGUCAAACUUACCAACCUCUCGGUAUGUAUUCGGGAAUCGAAUACGGAACCUCCACGUUAGUAUGAGAACGUUUCACUAUUACACUAAUAAAAGUAUAGACGAUAAAUCUAUUUUAUGUUUCUUUCAUAAUAUUAAAAUAUGUCGUGCGUGGUUGUUUAUGAAAAGAAGAUUGUAGAGACAUAAACCUUAAGGACCGCAUAUAUAUUGAUUAAAGUAUAAAAUAUUGUUUCUGAGAUGAAAAUGUAUAUUCGUUGAGUGAUUAAGUUGAAGAUGUACGCAUGGUUUGGUUGUCCUAAUCCCAGACAAGGAUUAAUUAAAUAUAGGAGAUCAAUAAAAUCUAGCUAGCCUUUUCACUUACUGGCCAGUCGCAUCUGCUUUUCUCCAUCCUCCACUUACUGGAUUUGUCAUCUUCAUACACCAAUUGGUGUACUAUUUCUGGAAGUUGUGCUGUAAUAAUUGACUAAAAAAAGCACUCACUAAUAAACACUAACAUGCUUAAACUCAGACAAUAUAAUGGAUAUAGAGGUGCAUGUCAAGCUUAAUUUUUUUUUUUUUUUUUUGGAAUUGAGCUUUGGUCUUGGAUAAGAGAAGUUGAUAUAUCCUACCACUCUGUCAAUUUUCAAUAUUUGCUUAUUAUACAAUCCAUAUAUUAUAGUCUAAAAUCAAAUGUCGAGGAAAGGGGCUAUAACUCAUUCUUGGCUAACAAUAGAUGAAAUUCUGUGACUAUCACAAGAUUCAAUCUCAAUAAUUAUAAGAUUUGACGACUAGAUAAUCAUUUAAGUUGGAGCAUGGAGGAACUAAAAAGUCAUGAACUCAAUGAUUUUUAAAAAAAUAUCAUACUAGUCACGAAAUAAAUUAAAAUGCGAUAU